AUGUCGGACAAACUGGAGGGAAAGGGCACUAAUGCCGAGCGACUGGCUGCUUUAGAAGGGGCUGUCAAUCACAUGCUCGACUCCACUGAAGCGCAUCGCGUGGAGGUGGCGGUACAGAUGCAAGAACUCACUAAGGCCGUAUCUGAUCUCAUUCAAGCGGUCAAGAAACCAGGAAAGAAGGGCGGAAAGGCCAACUAUAGCUCGUUUGACGAUUCUGGGGACGAUGAUGGGGACGAAGAGGAUGAUCCCGACGAUUCUGAUAAAAGCUCAAAUUCCGACAAUUCCAAACGAUCUAAGAAGAAGCAUCGGAAGCGGAAUCCCUUGCUCGACUGCCGGAAACUGAAGAUUCCGAUUUUCAGUGGAGAAGACGUGCAUGGGUGGAUCUACAAGGUCGAAAGAUACUUUGAAAUUCAUAAGUUUGGCAAGAAAGAUCAGUUACGGGCGGUGGCCAUUUGCUUGGAAGGGGCUCCAUUAACAUGGUUCAGGUGGAACAAUGCAAAGAAGCCGUUCCAGUCGUGGGGAAGAUUCAAACGCAAGUUGUUGGAGCGCUUUCAAGCGUCGCGGGAAGGCAGUGUCCAAGAACAAUUCUUGGAUAUCCAACAAACAGGAACUGUCCGGGAAUACGUGGAACGGUUCGAGGCCUUUGCGGGGCAACUCGUGGAUGUCUUAGAGUCGAUUCAAGAGAGCACUUUCAUUAAGGGAUUAAAAGAAGGGGUUAGGUCGGCGGUUCGAAUAGCAGAACCUGAGUCUUUGGCUCAAGCCAUCCGUAUGGCUAUUCGGAUAGACGAAAACACGACAGGAGGAUCAAGCCGGAGUGGAGUAAGUGCUGGUCCUCCAAAGAUGGGUCAGGGGUUCCAAGCAAAGACCAAUACUACCGUUCCAGUAGCUCAGGUGAAGCGAGAAAAUGGUAGCCCAAGUACGUUCAAGCGUCUUACUCAGACUGAACUCGCGGAGAAACGGACACAGGGUUUGUGUUUUAGGUGCGAUGGCAAGUUUGCACCUGGGCACAAAUGUCCCAGCAAGACGUUGCAGGUCCUGAUUGUGGACGAGGAGGACGACAAGAGAACCAACUUAGAACAUGCCCACUUCGACAUGGCUGAGGUAUCCCUUAAUGCGAUCAACGGUUUGACGCCCCCUCGGACGAUGAAAGUGAGGGGUGACGUGGGGGGAUUAGAGGUGAUUGUGCUGAUUGAUAGCGGGGCUACGCAUAAUUUUCUGUCGACACGAAUUAUUAGUCAGUUGGGAAUUACUUUGGGGGGUGACAGAUCUGUUGGAGUCAAGAUGGGUAAUGGGCUGAUGGUUAGGAGUCAAGGGGUUUGUAGAGGUGUUGUUCUUAACUUACCAGAGGUGCAGGUGGUGAGUGAUUUCCUUCCGUUCGACAUUGGGGGUUCUGAUAUCAUCCUUGGUAUCCAGUGGUUACGUACUUUGGGAGACAUGACCGUUAAUUGGGAGGAGCUAUGGAUGCAAUACUGGGAUGGAGAUCGGUUAGUGAGGAUUGUAGGUGACCCAACUCUUUCGAAAUCCUUAGCUUCUUGCAAGACUCUUUGCAAAAUGUUACAACAGGAGGUAGAGGGUUUUUUGGUACAUUUGACUGCCAAAUCAGAUGCAGAAGACCCACUAGCGGUACCGGCUAAAAUUCAAGCUAUUAUCGAUGCAUAUCAGGAUGUGUUUAACAUGCCGAGUGGUUUGCCGCCCAAUCGUAGCAUCACCCUUCAAGAGGGAACUUCUCCGUUGUCGGCAUUGGCAGCCACGAGUCUAGUUGAUUGGGAGGGUUUAUGGAAGGAAAUUGAUGAGAAUGAAGAAUUGGGCACUAUUAGGCGACAGCUACUUAAUGGCGAAACUAUGGCAGAUGUUUGUACAUUUUCAUCUGAAGAAGAUUUAAGCGGAGGAGAGACAGAUAGUACACUGAUGAGCCAGGAGCUGAAAGACACACUCAUACGUAAAUUUGGAGGUCGUAUAAGUUCCCUCAAACAAGAGUUUAAUAAGAAGAAAAAGAAAGGAAAGCUUCCAAAUGAGGCAAGACAAACAUUACUUGAUUGGUGGAAUUCACAUAUUAAAUGGCCUUACCCUACAGAAGGUGAUAAGAUAUCCUUGGCGGAAACAACAGGAUUAGAUCCGAAGCAAAUCAACAACUGGUUUAUAAAUCAAAGGAAGCGGCAUUGGAAACCAUCGGAAAGCAUGCAGUUGGCUGCAAUGGGUGGUCUUGCUGGGCAGUAUACUUAA